AUGGGAUAGACAGAUAGUAAAUAGGAGCAAGAUUUUUUGAGAAAGAUUGACACGCAAUAUGAAUUCCUAAAGCACCUGAAUGAUGCAAGAUACGGAGAUGGCAAACUGUUCGGCAAGAGAAAUGACAACAUUCCAGAUGAGCCUAGUUUUUAAGCUUGGAAGAAUAAAUUAUAGUUGAGACAAUCACUCAAACAUCCCAACAUCAUUGAAUUGAAAGGUAAGCAAAAGACAUAGUAUCAAUUAGAAUCAAUUUAAGCAGAAGAAGAACAAGUUUGCAGCACUUUUUAUAAGAUCAAUCUCGUAUUCGAAUAUCUCCCUCAAACCUUACAAGAUGCCAUAACAUAAAGGAAAUAAGCAGGUGCCUAUUAUGGAGAAUAAGAGGUGUUACAAAUGUUGAAUGGAUCAAUAGAGGGAUUGGCCAAAAUGCAAGAAUUGAAGAUUGCUCAUCAGAAUUUGAGAGUGCGAACACUAUCCUAUCAAAAUGGAACCAUCAAAGUAAGUGACAUUCCUUUGUUAGCCAACAUCACAUCGUUUGCCGCAGUCUUGCAAGAUUAUGGAAAUGCAUCUGAAGGCAAUUAUCUCUCCCCAAUAUUGACUAAGGCUGUUUAUGAGAGUAAUCACAUGCCAUAACAUAAUUUAUUCAAAUCGGAUGUCUACACUCUUGGAAUGAUAUUCCUUUAGGUUUGUUUACUCUAACCUCAGGAUAAUUGCUAUGAUUACUUUGAAGGGAAAAUAAACAUGUAAUAAUUGGUCACAAAUAUUGAAUAAGCAAGAACUAUUUACACUUCAGAACUAGUUGAAAUUAUAGAAGAAAUGCUUGAAUAAAUUGAAAAAGACAGACCUGAUUUUAUUUAGUUAAGGAAUAAAAGAAGAGAAAUCAUACCCUAAUACCCACCUCAAUUCGUAGACAAGAAUACUCGUCAAUAGGAGGAUGAAUACUAAAUGAUGUAUUACAAGAAUGCCGAUCAUUAAUCUGAAGUCAAUCAAUCACUCUAACCCUCCUAUUUGGAUGAAGGACCAUUACCAUUGCAUGAUGGACAAUUACGAUCAAUUACAUUAACCAUUCAAAGAACCAUAACCAGCCAAUUAUAGUGA